CAGGUGCGCGGUGGCAGUCGGGUGCGCCACGCCUCUCUCCGCCGGGUUAUUCGUCUGUCGGAGCGGCGAUGUCGUCCCAGGUGAGAAGACACCGGCCGGCCGCGGACAACCCGUGGGUGUGCCCCAACGACCGCCAGCUGGCGCUCCGGGCCAAACUGAAGUCGGGCUGGUCAGUGAAGACCAGCAGCCUGCAGACGUUCCGGAAGCCGGCGCCCUUAAACGAGCGCGAGCAGCACGUCAUCGUCAAUGUCAUCCAGAAGGCCGAGUCGUUCGAGAAGAAAGAGCAGCUGCGGAUCGGUAAGCUGGUGGAUAGGCUGGAGAACAUGAGACGGCACGCGGUCGGCAACGGCGCCAGCACGUGCGUCCUCUGCGGAGAGAAGUUCGGACUGCUGGCCAGCUCCAAACUCAAGUGCAGGGACUGUCUCAAGGCGGUGUGUCAUAAGUGCGUGGUGGACACCUCGUCAGCGGGCGGUGAGCAGUGGCUGCUCUGCAAGAUCUGCGCCGAGACGCGUGAAGUCUGGAAGAAGUCGGGCGCCUGGUUCUUCAAGGGCAUGCCGCGUUACGUGGUGCCCGACCCGAAGCGGCCGGCGGUGGCCAACGGCACGCGCCGACGCGUCAUCUCGGCAGAGCCGUCGCCGCGCUCGUCCGUCCGCUACAGCUGGGCCAAGCACGUGCAGACCAGCGGCAACGGCGAGCUGCCCAGCGCGGGGCCCAGUCCGCCGGCGGCCGGGGAGUGA